GUCGCUGUUGUUGCUUCUGCUGCGAAACACUUUUCUUUUCACCUAAAAAAGUGAAUUUCAUCAGUUUUUCGACAUUGAAAAAUCGCUGGUUGCAAUAGUUAAUUACCUAGGUCAAGUAAUUCAAGCUGUUUUUUGUUGUUGUUGCAAUUCAAGCUUUGUGCAAGAAGAAGACGCGUGGUCAGAUGAAGUGCGUAUUGUGAGGGACAAAGCCGUGUUGAGAUUUGGAUCUUUCCAGGAAGUUUCUUGUUUUUGUUGUGUUUGAAGAUUGUUCCGUAAUUCGUUCCGGCUCGCUGGACGGUGUGCACGCGGACAGGAUGAACUCGUUUCUGCGUGGCUCGACCAACUAUGUGUGGUGCACGACGAGUGUCCUCGGCAAGGGGGCGACCGGGGCCGUGUUCCAGGGGGUCAACAAGCACAACGGGGAACCUGUGGCCGUGAAGACGUUUAACCAGCUGAGCCAUAUGCGGCCACACGACGUCCAGAUGCGGGAGUUUGAGGUGCUGCGGAAGGUCAAGCAUAAUAAUAUUGUUAAGCUGUUGGACAUUGAGGACGAUCAGGAGGGCCGCGGGAAGGUUAUUGUGAUGGAGCUGUGCACGGGGGGGAGUUUGUUCAAUAUUUUGGACGAUCCGGAGAAUACGUACGGGUUGCCGCAGCGGGAGUUUUUGCUGGUGUUGGAGCACCUCUCGGCUGGGAUGAAGCACCUGCGGGAUAAUAAUCUAGUCCAUCGGGAUUUGAAGCCCGGAAAUAUUAUGAAGUACAUUUCGGAGGAUGGUCAAACGAUUUACAAGCUGACGGAUUUCGGAGCGGCCCGCGAGCUGGAAGAGAACCAGCAGUUUGUGUCGUUGUACGGAACUGAAGAGUACCUUCACCCGGACAUGUACGAGCGAGCUGUCCUGCGGAAGUCCAUCAAUCGAAGCUUCACGGCGAACGUGGACCUGUGGUCCAUCGGAGUGACUCUUUAUCACGUGGCCACCGGGAAUCUCCCGUUCCGUCCGUACGGAGGGCGUAAGAACAAGGAGACGAUGCACCACAUUACGACCAAGAAAGCGCCGGGAGUAAUCUCCGGCACGCAAACCAGCGAGAACGGUCCCAUCGAGUGGUCCCGUCACCUUCCGCCGCACUGUCAGCUUAAGGCUGGCCUCAAGUUCCUCGUCACGCCGCUGCUCGCGGGUCUGCUCGAGGAGAACCAGAAGCGGAUGUGGUCGUUCGAUCGGUUCUUCUACGAAGUGCAGCACAUCCUGAACAAGAAGAUGCUGCACAUUUUCUACGCCAACCGGGCGAACGCGAUCGAGGUCUACAUGGACCCCGAGGAGACGUUCUUCAACCUGAAGGAGCACAUCUUCGUGCAGACCGAAGUGCCGCACAGCUCGCAGCUGCUGCUGAUGGAGUCGGAGCUGUUUGAGCUGCGGGUGGGAGCGAAUAGCAGUGCCCGUGGUUACUCCGCCACGGUCGCCGACGACCCGCUGAUGCUGUUCAACAUCGAGAACAACAACGUCACGCUUCCGGCGGAGCUGGACCUGCCCAAGUUCCCGUCCUUCCCGAGUGGCGUCUCGGUUGAAAACGACGCCAGUCUGGCGAAGGUGGCGUGCAGCGUCGGGCACGAGUGCAAGCGCCGCGUCGAGGUGUUUUCCAUGCUGGACACGCUGAUGACGAAGGCGGUUGAGCAGUUCGCUGGGCUGCUGAAGAAUCUGCUGGUUAAGCUGUUGGAGCGAACAAAGCAUCUGGAAGACGUCGGAAACUCUUUCUGGGAAAUGGCCGAUUUGGUUGAAAUUGCUGUGAUGAAUAACGAAAUCUACCAGGACAAGGCGUCGACCCUCAACACCGAAAUGAACACGCUCAAAUCGGCCUUCCAGCGGGUGUCCGAUCCGGUCCACCAGCUGCACAACCGCUUCGUCGCGGAGGAAUCGCUCAGCCGGGAGUGGACCAGCGCGUACCGCGACCUGCGCAGCCCCAACAAGAACCGCGUUAACGAAAAGUCCAAAUACCUGGUCGACCGCCUGCGAGACUCGUGGCAGCACCUGCUCCGUGAUCGGGCCACCCGCUCCCUGACCUACAACGACGAGCAGUUCCACGCGCUCGAGAAGAUCAAAAUCACCGAAACGGGCAAGCGCAUCAAGACGCUGCUGAACGAGGACGUCCGGCCGGCGGUCGAGCUCGAGGCCGAAUGUCUCGCCGAUUGGUACAAAAAGGCGCAGACGAUCUUCCUGCAGACGCAGUUCCUCCACAAGGACGUGAGCUCGCACGAGGAAACGCUGUACGACAUCCGGGACCGGCUGGUGCAGAUCAAGGAGGACCUGAAGGAGGACAUCAAGAAUGAUGGGGAGGUGUCGAAGAUUGCCAACGAAACGACGGCGAACGAGCAGAACAUUGAGUGCCUGAAAAAGUCGAAGGAGAUGCAGAGCGUGCUGAGGACACUGCUCAACUACCAGCGGGACAUCAUCAAGACGCUCCAGGUGAACGGCGAGCUGGUGAACGAUUUUUCCACCCUGACGGCCAACGACGACGGCGAGCCAAUCUAACGCAGCUCUCUCAGGCGGCAUCCGGCGUGUUUUCGUCUCCAGUAUUGAUUUCAUGCCGCGGCCGAUUUUUUUCUUCUUCUUAUUUUCUUCGACGACGACGACGACGUGAUGAACAAAUGUGCCGAGAAGUAUGACAAGGCAUGAUGAGCUUACUUCUUUUCCGGCAGCUGACUGUUUCAUUUUAGAGGAGGGGGACUCCUCUCGACAGGGAGAGGAGGUGCUAUGAUUCCUGAUUGUCGUAAGUUAUUGUGCUUAGCUCAGUUAUUAUUUUAUUAUUUUGUAAGGUUAAAAAGUAUAUCUCUUAUUCAUAUAUUUAUCAUGUUCCACGUUAAGUCAAUGUCGUAUUAUGAUUGACUUGAGCCGGAUUUAUCAAUUAUGCUUUUAUAUUCUCUAUUUACAAGAAAUAAAACCCAAAACGAUAAAGACAUUUUAACAGA